AUUUGGGAUUGACAAAGAGAUUGCAGCAUCUUUACCUUGGGGUCAGCAGCACAGAAUACUCUCUGAUUCAACAGACAAGUCUCAAAGCCUGUACACUGCAGAUCUUAACAAAGAUGAAGGCCGACCCCACCAGGUGUAGUAAAGCGAAGGAAACCUAUCUGGAGCAGCUGCAGGCUCUUGUCAAAGAUCUGGACCAGGCUCUCAAAAAAUUUUUGGAUUCCAAUGAGCUAUCACCAGAUCCCUGCUUUGUGUAUCUGUUCUCUGUACUUAAUGACUUGGAGAAUGGGAAGAUAUCAGACAUUCUUAAACAUCUACAACACGCUGUGAAGAACAUAGCACCUUGUGGAAUAGUCCUGCAGAACACCUGUAUCAGGAAGGUGACGGCCAUUAUGCAUGAACCGACAGGCUCCUCGGAUAACCCAGUCCGGUUCACGGGCCGGUUUAACCGUCACCAUUCCGGUUCACGCUACGGUAGAAAAUGUCCAAAACCCUGGAAGUAUCAGAUUAAAGAUUCACUAUCCUGACCAGAAGAGUUAUCUCAUCAUUCCACAGAAGAAUCAUUUCACAAAGCUCGUUUCCGCUCCAUCAU